CUUGGCGCCAAUUGCUCACUUUACUUUUCGCACUCGGCUUUUCUCUCUGAUACAUCGAAAAUGCAGGGCCAAAAAUCGAUUCUCUCAUUCUUUCAGAAAUGGGCCCCGUCGGCUCGGAGCUCAGACGCUGGAGACAUGCAUGGCGAUCGGAGAGAGACUCCGCUUUCGUUGAAGCAGCAGAAUUUGAACGGUGCCGUUCUAACUCAGCCGACAUUUCCACCUACAGAUGUCUCGUCCCUAGAAAUAAGAGGAGUCGAUACUCCGCCGGAGAAAGUACCACGUCAGAUUUUACCGAUGAGUUUCAAGGAGAAUGAAGAGGCCAAAGGAGGAUCCUCACGCUUCUCGAGUAUCAUGCAUAAAUUUGUGAAGGUUGAUAAUGGGCAUAAUGCUAACACGAGGAGUGAAUCGAAUGGCGUUUCUUCUAAUAUUUGCUCUGUAUCUGGUAAAGUUGGUGAUUCUGAAGCAAUCAGUGAACAUGGAGCAGCUACUAAAUGUCCUGUAAAGGACAAUAUGCCUAGUUUCAGUGGGAUAGUUAAUCAAGGAAGUGUUUUGGAUAGUGAAAAUGAUGCUGAAAUCCCUGGUCCAGAGACACCGGGUACACACCGUGUUCUUCCUCGAUUAAAGCGUAUUCAAGAGACUAUUAUUGAGGUAGGAGAUAUGAAGGAUAGUUCAAUGGUGGAUUCUGUCAAAAGGGUGAAGCUUCUUCAGGAUUUUGUUGCUUGUUCUAAGAACCAUGGGGAAGAAGCUUAUACAGCUAGCAAGUUUGAGUGGCUUGACCCUUCUCAUAUUAGAGAUGCUAAUGGAAGAAGGCCUGCUGAUUCACUUUAUGACAAGAAUACGCUUUAUAUACCACCAGAUGCUUUGAAGAAUAUGUCAGCAUCUCAAAAACAGUAUUGGAGUGUCAAAUGUCAAUACAUGGAUGUUUUGCUUUUCUUUAAAGUGGGGAAAUUCUAUGAGCUCUAUGAACUUGAUGCUGAAAUUGGCCAUAAAGAGCUUGAUUGGAAAAUUACAUUAAGCGGUGUUGGGAAAUGUCGGCAGGUUGGUAUAUCUGAAAGCGGAAUUGAUGAUGCCGUUCAAAAACUUGUUGCUCGUGGAUAUAAAGUUGGGCGAAUAGAGCAGUUGGAGACUUCUGCACAAGCAAAAGCCAGAGCAAAUUCUGUAAUUCCAAGAAAGUUAGUACAUGUAGUCACGCCAUCAACUGCAAUCGACGGUAAUAUUGGGCCUGAUGCUGUUCAUCUUCUUGCUAUAAAAGAGGGAAACCAUGGGCUGAAUAAUGAUUUGGUUGUCUAUGGUUUUGCUUUUGUUGAUUGUGCUGCUCUAAGGUUUUGGGUUGGCUCCAUCAAGGAUGAUACUUCAUGUGCUGCUUUGGGGGCUUUAUUGAUGCAAGUUUCACCUAAAGAAGUAAUAUAUGAAAGUGGAGGGCUCUGCAAAGAAGCUCAGAAAGCUAUCAGAAAGUUCUCAUUAGCAGGUUAUGCAGCUGUGCAAUUAACUCCAGUCACACCCACUACUGAUUUUGUGGAUGCUUCUGAAGUUAACAAUUUGAUUCAGUCAAAGGGUUACUUCAAAGGGUCUUCUGGUCCAUGGAAUAAUGCACUUGACUGUGUAAUGCAGCAUAAUAUUUCUUUAAGUGCUCUGGGUGGACUUAUUUGUCAUCUAUCGAGGUUGAUGCUAGAUGAUGUCUUAAGAAAUGGAACCAUACUACCAUAUCAUGUUUAUAAGGAUUGCCUCCGAAUGGACGGACAGACACUGGUAAAUCUGGAGAUAUUUAGUAACAAUGAUGAUGGUGGUUCCACAGGUACAUUGUUCAAAUAUCUUGAUAGUUGUGUAACAUCAUCUGGUAAGCGGCUGUUGAGGAGCUGGAUCUGCCAUCCACUGAAAGAUGUUGACAGCAUUAAUAGUAGGCUCAAUGCAGUUGAAGAUCUAAUUGCACAUUCAGAAAUUAUGUUGGUUGUUGCUCGGUAUCUACGGAAGCUUCCAGACCUGGAGAGGUUACUUGGCAGGGUGGGGAUUAGAGUUAAGGCAUCAGCUUCUCUUGCGUUGCCCUUAAUAGGGAAAAAAAUUUUGAAGCAGCAAGUGAAAGCAUUUGGGUCUCUUGUGAAGGGCCUGAGGAUUGGUAUGGAUUUGCUAAUGCUAUUACAGAAGGAGGGGCAUAUAGCUUUGUCAUUAUCAAAAGUUUUUAAACUUCCUGUGAUAGAUGGUAGUCAUGAUCUGAAUACAUUUCUUGCUCAGUUUGAAGCAGCGAUAGACAGUGACUUCCCAAAUUACCAGAACCAUGAUGUUACAGAGUCGGAUGCUGAAACACUCUCUAUUCUGAUUGAGUUAUUUAUAGAGAAAGCUGAUCAAUGGUCUGAAGUUAUUCAUUCUAUCAGUUGUAUAGAUGUACUAAGAUCUUUUGCCGUAACUGCAAGCACAUCAUGUGGGACUAUGUGUAGACCACACAUAUUGCCUCAGUCAAAAACUACAGCUUUGAGCCAGGACGGCAGAGGACCCAUACUCAAAAUUAAAGGACUAUGGCAUCCAUAUGCCCUUGGAGAGAGUGGACUGCCUGUCCCAAACGACAUACUCCUCGGUGAGGAUUCAGAUGGCUAUCAUCCUCGUAAUUUGCUUUUGACCGGGCCAAACAUGGGUGGAAAAUCAACACUUCUGCGAGCCACUUGUUUAGCUGUUAUAUUGGCCCAGCUGGGCUGUUUUGUUCCCGGUGAGAUGUGCAUACUCUCAAUCACAGACAUCAUUUUCACACGGCUUGGUGCCUCUGAUAGAAUCAUGACAGGCGAGAGUACAUUUCUUGUUGAGUGUACAGAAACAGCAUCAGUUCUUCAAAAUGCUACUCAGGAUUCAUUGGUUAUUCUUGAUGAAUUGGGUCGGGGAACAAGCACUUUUGACGGAUAUGCCAUCGCAUAUGCUGUAUUCCGCCAUCUCACUGAAAAAGUUAAUUGUCGGUUGCUAUUUGCAACACAUUACCAUCCUCUCACAAAAGAAUUUGCUUCUCAUCCACAUGUUACACUGCAACAUAUGGCUUGUGCUUUCAAGUCAAACACUGAAAACAGUUUGAAAAGUGACGAGGAGCUGGUUUUUCUCUACUGCCUUGCUUCAGGAGCAUGCCCAGAGAGCUAUGGAUUGAAAGUAGCCAUGAUGGCUGGUGUCCCAGAAAAGGUGGUUGGUGUGGCCUCACAUGCUAGCCUAGUCAUGAAAAACUCAAUUGGAAAAAGUUUUAAAUCGAGUGAACAGAGAUCAGAAUUCUCAACUCUUCAUGAGGAGUGGUUGAAGGGCAUAGUGAAUUUUUCACGGAAUGUUGACACUGAUUGCACAGAGGAGGAUGCUUAUGAUACUUUGUUUUGUUUGUGGCAUGAGAUAAAGAGCUCAUAUCAAUUGCACAAUUAAAGGAAAAGCGGGUCCGAGGUAAGGACUGGUGGCAUGUGACACUCUGCUUCAACCACUGUUUCUGUCUUUUAUAUACACCUAAUUUCUGCUGUUUGAGAAAAUGCAGUGUAAAUUUUAGUUUGAAAUUAUUACAUCUUUAUAUUUCAUCAUGGAAACCGGUGGAUCAUUUACAUAUUAACUUUUUUCUGUUUUAUAAAGUAGAAAAAUGAGGGCAUCGAUGCUGUGAUAUGUUUCA